UCAAUUUCAAAGCCCCACAAACAACGCGCCAAAUCAAAUUUCCCACCAGAACACAAUUUCCUAACGAAUCCCUUCAUUUCCAUAAUUACCCCUCCCGUUUCAAACACAUCAAGUCGAAGUCCUCCACCAACCAUAAUCCAAAGGGUAUAUUCGUAAAAUACAAACCCUCAAGGGAAUUUUCCAUCUCCGAAAUCCCCAAAUUACCCCCUUCUUCGUUGAGUUCAGUCUUCUCCCACAAGCUUUCUGAAAACCCCACAAUUUUGAAAUUACCCGCGCUCCCAUUUUCAAUGUUUUCAAAUUUUUCAUUCCAAAAAAAGAAAAAAAAAAAAUUCUUCUCCCUCUGUAUUUAAAUCCCUGAAUCUUCUUCAUUUUCCCCAACCCUCAACAGCAUUCAAAUUCUCUUCUUUCUUCUCGAAACCCCUUCAAUUCCCAAUCACAACAAUGCCUGCGAUUCCAGAAGAACCGCUUCUAGCUCCAAACCCAGAUCGGUUCUGCAUGUUCCCAAUCCAUUACCCUGAAAUCUGGGAAAUGUACAAAAAACACGAAGCAUCCUUCUGGACCGCCGAAGAGGUUGAUCUCUCACAGGAUCUCCGCCACUGGAACUCCCUCACCGACGGCGAGCGUCACUUCGUGACCCACAUCCUCGCCUUCUUCGCCGCCUCCGACGGCAUCGUCCUGGAAAAUCUCGCCGGAAGGUUCAUGAAGGAAAUCCAAGUCGCCGAGGCACGUGCCUUCUAUGGCUUCCAGAUCGCCAUCGAGAAUAUCCACUCCGAGAUGUACAGUCUCCUUCUCGAAACCUACAUCAAAGACCCCACCGAGAAGAAUCGUGUGUUCCACGCCAUCGAAACCAUUCCAUGUGUCGCGAAGAAGGCUGAGUGGGCCCUACGCUGGAUCGACGGUUCCGAAACCUUCGCGGAACGCCUCGUGGCCUUCGCAUGCGUCGAAGGGAUUUUCUUCUCUGGAAGCUUCUGCUCGAUAUUUUGGCUUAAAAAGCGCGGGUUGAUGCCGGGACUCACCUUCUCGAACGAACUCAUCUCGCGAGAUGAAGGUCUCCAUUGCGAUUUCGCUUGUUUGUUGUAUUCUCUUAUGAGGAAGAAGCUGAGCGAGGAGCGCGUGAAGGGGAUCGUGCGUGAUGCGGUGGAGAUAGAGAGGGAGUUUGUCUGCGACGCGCUUCCUUGCGCUUUGGUGGGGAUGAAUGGGGAUUUGAUGAGUCAGUACAUUGAGUUUGUUGCGGAUCGGUUGCUGGUUGCGCUUGGGUGUGGGAAGGUGUACAAUGUUCAGAACCCCUUUGAUUGGAUGGAGCUGAUUUCACUUCAGGGAAAGACCAACUACUUCGAGAAGUGCGUCGGCGAGUACCAGAUGGCUUCCGUUAUGUCUAGCUUGAACGGAAACGGUGGUGCACACGUCUUCAAGAUGGAUGAGGAUUUCUAAUUCAAAUUCCCGUUUAGGACCCUUUAUUUUUUUUUCCUUGUUUCUUGUGUAAUAAUCAGGAUAUUCCCUGUCACUGUUAGUUUAGGUUAAUGUAUUUUUUACUUUUUAAGCCAUAGUUGUUUUUAGUUGUGGAUAUGUUCUAUGGUUUGUUUUUUAUAUCUCAGUGAGAAAUGAUAAGGUAUAAAUUCAGAAU